UCAAAUUUCUUCGUCUAGCUUGCUUCUGGUGGUGGUACUAGGGCAGCGCGGGCGAGCGGGUGUGUGCAGGAUCAUCGAUCCAUCCAUCACUUCCCCACCCCUGCUAGCAUCCAUCCGGAGGAGAAACAAACCAUGGCGAGAGUGGAGCUGCAAGUGGAGCCAUGGCAAGAACUCGUGGUCCAGGUGAUGGUGCUGCUGAGCUUCACGAUGCAGCUAGUGCUUCUCGUGCUGGUGGAGUUCCGCCGUCGCAUGGACUCCGGUGUGCUGAGGGCCGUGAUAUGGUCGGCCUACAUGAUGGCCGACUCGACCGCGACUUACACCCUGGGACACCUCUCCUUGACGAGCAGGUCAGCCGACCACCAGCUCAUGGCGUUUUGGGCGCCCUUCCUGCUGCUGCACCUUGGUGGGCAGGACAACAUCACCGCCUACGCCAUCGAGGACAAUCGGCUGUGGGUGCGGCAUCUGCAGGCUCUCGCCGUGCAGAUCGCUGCCGCUGCCUACGUCCUAUACGAGUCCACUGUGGUCGGCACCCAGGCCCUGCUCCGGAAUGCUGCUGUCCUCGUGUUCGUGCUGGGCGUUGUCAAGUAUGGGGAGAGGGUGUGGGCGCUCAAGCGUGCUGACAUUAGCUCGUCGGGCAGCAAAUACCGGUUCUACAAGAACCUGACCGAUACUCAGAUUGGACCUCCUACAGACCAGCGAGACGACACGGAGGACCUGCUGCGGAUAGCCCGCCUUCUUUUGGAUGUUCCAAAGGAAAUGUUUCAGGGGCCGUUGCCCGUCGUAGUGGUACCGACACACCUAUACGAUGAUGCCCACGCCAAGCCCAUCUCCGCGGAUGAGAUGUACAAGGUGGUGGAGAUGCAGCUCAGCCUGAUGCAUGAUGUCGUGUACAGCAAGGCCGUGGUGAUCCACACAUGGUAUGGCAUCUGUAUCCGCAUCAUUUCUCCUGUGUUCGUUGCCAUCGCGUUCAAGUUAUUCCACAAGUCGGGUGCCGGUGACCACCACUAUAGCGGAGCAGACAUUGUCAUCACUUAUAUCCUGCUAAUUGGGGCGGUUAUGCUGGAGUUGGUUUCGGUGCUAAGGGCCAUGUUCUCCAGAUGGCCAAGCCUUGUACUAUGGAAACUUGCCUACAAUGACGUCGGAAAGGAAAGGCGCAUGUGGGGUUUGCUUUCCCGUGCAAUUGCGUCUAUCCGCCGGUUCGUCCUUCCAUUGAGGUACAAGUCGAGAUGGUGGUGGUCGGACUCUAUGGGGCAGCACAACAUUUUCGAAUUAUGCGUUCGCAGCAGAGCUAGCCAAGGAAGCAGGAUCGCGGGCAGGAUGGGGGUCGAGGACUGGUGGAACACGAUGGUCUACUCAUGGUCCAUCCCCGUCUCCAAAACUAUUAAGGAACUAGUGGUGCAACUAGUGCUCGAGAGUAGGCAGAGCUAUAUGCUAAGCUACCACAGGCCGUACUCCUAUACCACGCUGGAGCCAGAUCACAUAAUUAACUCACGGGGCCGGGCGGCCUUAGAGAGGUGGAAGUUGUAUGAGAAACUGGGAAAAUUCCUGCAUAAGGAGUUUGAUGAGAGCAUCCUUGUGUGGCAUAUCGCCACCAAUAUCUACCUCUGUUGGCACAAAGAUCAGGGGGAAGCUGUUGCAGAUGAUAUGUGUCAUCUUGCGGAGGUGAUGUCCAAUUACAUGCUUUUCCUCCUUGCAGCACGCCCCUACAUGUUGCCGGGCUCUGUCAGCCGCACUAGGUAUGUUGAUACCUGCUAUUCCCUCACCCUCGCCAGUCUCAAAUACACCUCAGCAUAUGAGUUGGCCAGCUUGCUAAAGGGGUCCUAUACCGACAACGAUGCAUUGCGUAAUGCACGCAACCUUGCUCGGGAGUUGGUCUCUCCAGAAUCUGGCCCACCUGCUCGGCUGCAGAUGAUUGUCGAGGUGUGGAUGGAGAUGUUGUGUUACGCGGGGUACAGAUGUAGCGGGUAUUCUCAUGCCAAGCAGCUGAGCAACGGCGGCGAGCUCCUCACCGUGGCUGCCCUUGUGGUGGAGUACCGGAGAAGAGGCAUCCUCGACCCUUAUAGGAGCAAACCGCUGUCCUUCUACGGCUCUGAAUUUUUUUUAGGUGUCCCUUGAUGAACCAUUGAGCCCGUCUGGGCCCAACAAUGAGAUAUCUGAAGUCUAAGCUAAGCCCCUUGAUGAGAUGUCCAAUGUUUCUCCUCUGGAUGAUACAACCACUAUCCCCAUCAAGUUAUGUUCGCUGGAGGUACCCCAAGGAACUACAGUGGUGCAUGAUGGUGUUCCACUACUUCAGCCAGUUGUCGUUGCUUAUCCGUUUGCUACUUGUUGCUUGUGCUUGAACCCUCUAUGCUUCUUCCCCUGUAGAAUGAAUGAAUGAACUGCGGGAUUGUCUAUAUAUCUACCUAUCACUUGUCAUUGUAGUCUGUUCAUUUUUGCUUCUUGCACCAAGAAUUAACUAUGUAUUGGGGAAGUGUGUACUUGAUUGCA